AUGCUUCCUUCCGUCCUCACCGUUCUCUCCGCCCUGGUGGCGUCCUCCAUCGCCAAGCCCGUCACCAAGUGCCGACAGGCCGCCGUGACCUGCCCCAUCGUCUUUGACGGCCGGGUGCCCCAGACGGCCACGGUCCAGGACUUUGACACGGCCGGCGGCGGGGGCUUCAACCCUUUCAACCCCAACUUUGUCAAGGGCAACAACCUGACGUGGUCCGAGAUCCUCCUGCUGCCCACCAUCACGCCGGCCUCGCGCUUCGACGCCGCCAAGAACACGCGGCCCGUCGAGGUGACCAUCAGCGACGAGUCCAUCUUCAUGACGCAGCUGGGCUUCCGCCGCGCCGAGCUGCAGUUCGCCAACGACACGGGCAGCGGCAGCCCCGGCAGCGUCGGCGUCAAGACGCUGCACUUCAGCGUCCAGACCGACGCCCAGCGCCGCUUCAACGAGUCGCACGAGUACCUCAACGUCUGGCACGAGACGGCCGUCUUUGACGCCAACCAGUUCAACUUCCAGACCGGCACCAUCAUCGGCCAGCCCGAGCUGCCCGCCAACACCUGGAAGCUCCUCGACCGCAACAACGCCCUGCUCUGGUCGACGCCCGUCCUCGACGGCGUCUGGCAGAACUUUGGCCUGACCCUCGACUUUAACGCCAACACCAUCGGUGUCCUCUACUCCGAGGGCGACAAGCCCCUGGCUCCCUCCGGCAAGGGCGCCUUCCCUGCGAACCUUGCCGGCGAGGGCCAGUACCACGUCGGUAUCCUCAAGAAGCCCACUGGCACAGACGACGUUGUCAACUCGGGCUUCCAGGAGAGCCCCCUCAAUGAGGGUCUCAUCUACGCUGGCGUCUUCAUCGAGGACAGCGCCAACGGAUGCGUUUCCAAGUAG